UCUAGAAGCCCCGCCCACCAAAUCUUACAGUGAAAAUGUUCAAAUUCAUUUCUCUUAUUUUAAGACUGUUCCUUUACACUGUUCAAGGAUUCCUGGGCCUCCUUUGGGGCCUAAUAAAGAGAAAAGAUCCCCCAAACUUCUCCUGUGACAUUGUCCUUAUAACCGGGGGAGCACAGGGACUAGGGAGGGAACUGGCUCUUCUUUUCUCGUCAGCAGGCGCCACUAUAGUCCUCUGGGAUAUUAAUCAAGAGAAACUGAGGGAGACUGUAUCAGAAAUAACUGCUAGAGGCUGUGAGGCCUUUGGUUAUGUUGUGGAUGUGUCUAAAAGAGAAGAGAUUGAAGAAGGGGCAGAGAGAGUGAGAGAAGAAGUGGGUAAUGUCUCCGUACUCGUUAACAAUGCCGGCGUGUUGCCGGGAAAACUCGUAAAAGAAUUCAAAGAGGGAGAGUUUGAAAAGACGAUAACAGUUAAUUUUCUAUCACAUUAUUGGACAAUCAAAUCAUUCCUUCCCUGGAUGAUUGAAAAUGAUUACGGACAUAUCGUAGAAAUGGCUUCCUUUGGUUCGUUCUCAGGAGGCCCUCUUGUCUCCGACUACAAUUCAUCCAAAGCAGCUGUGUAUAAUUUCUCGGAGAGCCUACACUACGAGUUACAACUAACGGGAAAAAAAGGAGUAAAAGUAACAUGUGUAUGUCCAUGGGAGAUGGACACUGGUUUUAUCCCUGGACGAGUGAAAGAUUUCUUUUCCGGAGCUGGGAUUAAGAAACUAUCGGUUGGUUAUGUAGCGGCGGAAACAUUAGCAGCUGUCUGUGACGGAAAGUUUAUGAUCAUGCUACCUAAACGAUAUGUCGUUUCAGCUGUGCUUGCUUUUCUCUCGCCUAGAAAGAUCAAGGACACUGUAGUGGGUACCUAUGGAUACUUGAAAGAGGAGGAGAGGAUGGAGAACGAAGAAGAAUUAACUAAUGUCAUCCAUUAUAAGAAAUCAUAAACCUGUGGAGACAGCAAAUCAGUCAAAACAAACAAACAAUUAAAAAUUAAAACAAUAAUAAUAAUAAUAAUUUGAAAAUCAAAAAAUAACAAUAGUACUAUAAUAAUAAUAAUAAUAGUAACAAUUUUAUUGAUUGGUUGAAUUCGUUAAUAGCAUUUUA